AUGUCUGACGUUCUCACACACGUCCUCUACGAGUCGGCCUCGGGCUACGGUCUCUUCGAGGUCCAGCACGCCGAGAAGAUCGGUUCCAAGCUGGCCGAGGUCCAGGCGACAAUCAAGGAUCUGGCAAAGUUUGGCAAGUACAUCAAGCCCAAAUCCUUUGUACCCUUCAAGAACGCCGCCGACGCACUGGAGAACAUCAACGACGUCUCCGAGGGUAUCUGCCACAGCAGCCUCGCCGCCUUCCUUCAGCUUAACCUCCCAUCGGCUGACCAAUCCCUUCUGGGUGUCAGUGACAAGAACCUUGCGGGUGCCAUCAAGGCUGCUUCGGGGGUAAAGUGCUCGACGGAGGAGCUUGCGCAGGAGCUGAUCCGCGGUGUGCGUCUGCAUGCUGAGAAGAUGAUCACGCAGCUGAAGGUUGGCGAUCUGGCGCGGGCGCAGCUCGGUUUGGGCCACGCGUACUCUCGCGCAAAGGUCAAGUUCAACGUUAACCGUUCGGACAACAUGAUCAUCCAGGCUAUUUCACUCCUGGAUCAGCUCGAUAAGGAUCUGAACACCUUUGCGAUGCGCGUGCGUGAAUGGUACGGAUGGCAUUUCCCAGAGCUGGCCAAGAUUGUUAGCGACCAUUGCAAGUACGCACGUCUGGCCAAGGCAAUCAAGAACAAGGCUACUUUGGGCGAUGACUCUAUUGAUAUGCUGACGGCGAUUACCGAGGAUGAGGUUGUUUCGCGCCAGAUCGUCGAUGCCGCACGCGCGUCGAUGGGAACGGAUAUCUCGGAUAUUGAUCUGCUCAACAUUGAGUCGUUUGCAUCCCGCGUUAUCUCCCUCCAGGACUACCGCAAGAACCUGCACGAGUACUUGCUCAGCAAGAUGAGCGCUGUCGCACCUAACCUUGCCGCUCUCAUUGGUGAUAUUGUCGGUGCUCGUCUGAUGCCCAUGCUGUACCCGGCGUCAACCGUGCAGAUUCUCGGAGCUGAGAAGGCCCUGUUCCGCGCCCUCAAGACUAAGGGUAAUACGCCCAAGUAUGGUCUUAUCUACAACUCUACUUUUAUUGGCCGUGCCGGUACGAAGAACAAGGGUCGUAUUUCGCGCUUCCUUGCAAACAAGGCGACUAUUGCUUCCCGCAUUGAUUGCUUCUCGGAUGCCCCGACGAACAAGUUCGGUGAGGCCUUGAGACUUCAGGUUGAGGAUCGUCUGAACUUUUACGAGACUGGCGCCCAGCCGACGAAGAACAGCGACACUAUGGAGAAGGUUCUGAAGGCUCUGGCGGAUGCUGGUAUUAAUGAUGACGAGAUGGAGGUUGACAAGCCCAAGGCGUCCAAGAAGCGGGCAACCGCUGAGGAGACUGCUGAGACCCCCAAGAAGUCCAAGAAGGACAAGAAGGACAAGAAGUCUGACAAGACUGAGAAGAAGGAGAAGAAGGACAAGAAGAAGAAGUAA